AUGGCUCUCCGUAGCUGGCGGCGGGCUCCCUUACACCGUGGCGGCGACGGCCGCGGUGGUCCCCGGGCAGGUCCGCUCAUGCGGCCCCUGUGGUUGCUCUUAGCGGUGGGCGUCUUUGGCUGGGCUGGGGCUUCGGACGGCGCCGGCGGAGCGGCGAGAGCCAUGGAUGAGGAGAUCGUGUCGGAGAAGCAAGCUGAGGAGAGCCACCGGCAGGACAGCGCCAACCUGCUCAUCUUCAUCUUGCUGCUCACCCUCACCAUACUCACGAUCUGGCUCUUCAAGCACCUCCGGGCCCGCUUCUUGCACGAAACCAGCCUGGCUAUGAUUUAUGGACUUUUGGUAGGCCUUGUGCUUCGAUAUGGCAUUCAUGUUCCAAGUGAUGUAAAUAAUGUGACCCUGAGCUGUGAAGUGCAGUCAAGUCCAAUUACCUUAUUGGUAAAUGUUAGUGGAAAAUUUUGUGAGUAUAUGCUGAAAGGAGAGAUUAGUUCACAUGAACUCAAUAAUGUUCAAGAUAAUGAAAUGCUUAGAAAGGUUACUUUUGAUCCAGAAGUAUUUUUCAACAUAUUACUUCCCCCUAUCAUAUUUUAUGCAGGCUAUAGUCUAAAGAGGAGACAUUUCUUUCAAAACAUUGGUUCUAUCCUAGCAUAUGCUUUUCUUGAAACAGCAAUUUCUUGUUUUGUCAUUGGGUCAAUAAUGUAUGGCUGUGUAACACUGAUGAAAGUAACUGGGCAACUUGCAGGAGAUUUUUACUUUACAGAUUGCCUGUUGUUUGGUGCUAUUGUAUCAGCAACUGAUCCAGUGACUGUUCUUGCCAUAUUCCACGAGCUUCAAGUUGAUGUUGAACUAUAUGCACUUCUUUUUGGUGAAAGUGUCCUCAAUGAUGCUGUUGCCAUAGUGCUGUCUUUCUCAAUAGUGGCUUACCAGACAGCUGGGGACAAUAGUCAUACUUUUGAUGUCACAGCCAUGUUCAAGUCUAUUGGGAUUUUCCUUGGGAUCUUCAGUGGAUCUUUUGCAAUGGGCGCUGCUACUGGAGUGGUGACAGCUUUAGUAACAAAAUUCACCAAAUUAUGGGAGUUCCAGUUAUUGGAGACUGGCUUUUUCUUCUUGAUGUCCUGGAGUACCUUCCUCUUGGCUGAGGCAUGGGGUUUCACAGGUGUGGUUGCAGUAUUGUUUUGUGGCAUCACACAGGCACAUUAUACAUACAAUAAUUUGUCCACGAAGUCUCAGCAUAGAACUAAACAGUUGUUUGAGCUUCUCAAUUUCUUGGCAGAGAAUUUCAUCUUCUCCUACAUGGGGCUGACACUGUUCACCUUCCAGAACCAUGUCUUUACUCCAACAAUUGAAGUAGGAGCAUUUAUUGCUAUUUUCUUGGGAAGAGCUGCCAAUAUUUAUCCAUUGUCCCUCUUACUUAAUUUGGGUAGGAGAAGUAAGACUGGAUCAAAUUUUCAGCAUAUGAUGAUGUUUGCUGGUCUUCGUGGUGCAAUGUCAUUUGCCUUGGCCAUUCGAGAUACUGCCAUUUAUGCACGGCAAAUGAUGUUUAGCACCACACUUCUAAUUGUGUUUUUUACUGUGUGGGUAUUUGGUGGUGGCACCACUGCAAUGUUGUCAUGCUUGCAUAUAAGGGUUGGUGUUGAUUCAGACCAAGAACAUUUGGGUAUUCCUGAAAGUGAAAGGAGAACUACCAAAGCAGAGAGUGCUUGGCUCUUCCGAAUAUGGUACAACUUUGAUCAUAACUAUCUGAAGCCUCUGCUGACACACAGUGGGCCUCCUCUUACCACAACACUCCCUGCCUGCUGUGAACCCAUUGCGAGAUGCCUAACCAGCCCUCAGGCUUUUGAAAACCAGGAACAAUUGAAAGAUGAUGAUUCAGAUCUUAUUCUCAAUGAUGGCGAUAUUAGUUUGACACAUGGGGAUUCUACCGUGAACACUGAAUCAGCAACAUCCAGUGGUCCCAGGCGAUUUAUGGGAAACAGUUCUGAAGAUGCCUUGGAUCGGGAGCUUGCAUUUGGGGACCACGAACUGGUCAUUCAGGGAACACGUCUGGUUCUUCCUAUGGAUGAUUCUGAACCACCAUUAAAUCUCUUAGAUAAUACAAGACACGGUCCUGCCUAAGCUUGGUGAUACUCACUUAGUGAUUUGUAAACUUUGCACAUGUGUUUGUGAAGAAAUUUGUACUACCUAAAAAGUCCCAGUGCAUGUCUCUGAAUUUUAAGCUGUAUAAAUACUGUUUAUAUGGCAUAAAAAGAAUAUCAAUAUCCUGUACAAGGCGGAUUCUGAGCAAACUUCCUUUUUUUCAAGAUUUACUGGCUGCACUAUGUAGAAUGGAUCUGUUUUAGAAAGUUACUUUCACAGUGAUGCUGUGGGUUCUGUUAGCUUUGUGUCUCAGUUAAGUAUAAAAAGUGACCGAUUUACUCCUUCUUACAUUUACCUGACAAUUAACCAGAGUACCAAGUUCUUGUGAUGUGAAUUAAUUGUUUUUGAUGUGUGUGUGCUGGGGGUUGGGGGGAGGGAGAGGGAAGAGGGAGUGUUAUUUCCUAGGGAGCUAUGGUUGGAGAGGCUCCUUUGUUGGGAAACUUUGUGUUGAUUGCUGCUGCCUUUGUUGUGAUCUUUUUCCUUUAUCUCUGAUGGCCUGUUGUGGUGCAAGGAGCUGAUGAAAUAUAAUGCUGAUGGCAUUCUGAUCUUGCCCUAUUCAGGUUGGGGAGUGAAGUGUGGGGGCCCUUUUUCCCCCUUCCUUUGAAAGAGCAGAUUCUUUGACCUACAGUACACUGUGGUUCAGAAAAAAAGACUGCAAAUACUUCCAAGACUUUAUUUUGGUUUGUUUUCCCAGACCAAGACCACAGAAGGAGGUGCAUCCAGCCUGCUUAGCCAAAGUACAGCUGUAUAUAGUUCAGAGCACUUGAUGUAAAUUUGGAGGCGCUGGGGCAGAGAGGGGAUGGAGAGCAGGAGGGAGAUAAAGAUGAUGGUGGUUUCAGAGCUCUCUCUUCCCAAAUAUGUAAAUAUUCUUUGCCAGAUAAGUUUAAAUAAGACAUUUAAUUGCUGCUUAAGUUUUGUUUAUGUACUUUAUCUGUAUAGCAUGCUUUGUGGUCAGACUUUUUAUAUCAAUUUAAAUUGCUGCUCUUUAGCAGCUUAACAGGAGCAAAAUGUAAAAUUUUUGAACUUAUUGUGUCAAAUUGUCCUUUGUUACUUUGUAGUUAAUAUUAAAAGUUAAUUUAUGAUUCCACAAUAGUUCCAUGCUACGCCAAAGUCAGUUGUACAAGAAAUAUAAACACUUUGGGGCACCUUCCCCUUGGCGUUUAUUGAGAAAACAGUGGCUCUUUUGUGUGCACUGGGUGUAGUUGUCUUCAUUUUUAUGUUACUUUUUAAUAUAAGCUGCCAUGUGGGUUUUUAUGUUUUUCAAGGAAGAGCACAGAACAAUUCUCCAUUUCAUAUUCAGAGUAUGAAAGUGGAUUUUUAUUUUUUGACAAUGAAAAUACCUAAAAGGCACAUUGAACACUUGGAAGGGGGGUG